AUGUGUCUUUGUUCACUCUGCCUGUGGAAAAGGGCAAAAGCCCAACUAGACUCUGAGUCGGAUCUCAGCGAGAUUGAAGAAGAGACCUGCAUGGAUACGGAAGAUCCAUUAGAUCCCGAAUCAGAUGACAUGGUCGAAGACAAUGAUCCCAGAGAGCGCGAUACACCUCAAUAUGACUCGUAUGACAUGGAGCUUAAGGCCCCAUACGAUGUAAAUAAACACUUAGACCCCUAUGGGGAACCUCUGUUCGACCCCGAUGACCUGCGUCAUCCAAGGUCAGCGGAAUGGUCCCCUUCAACCCAUGUGGCCAAGUACAUAGCAUCAAGAAUUUGCAAGCCUUUAAACAAGGCGACACUUAAUAAGCUCCGGGCAGAAUGCCCACGACCCACUAUCCCAGACAAUGCCUGCAGAACAUCUGCAGUGGACCCAAAAAUCAUCCCAUUCCUGAGCAAGACAGGUUGGAAGCCUAAUAAAGGCCUAGAUUUCUCCCUGCGCAACUGCCAGGAUAA